CUAUAAAUUGUCAAGUAAUGACAAAAUCAAGCACAUUUUAUUAAGAUCUGCGUAACUAUUUCUGCAAACCUGAUAUUGUAUAAAGGUGAAAAAAGCAUAUCUUAAUUUAACUUAAAAAAUCGCAUUCUACUUAAUAAAAUGUCGGAUUGGGACACUGUUACCAUCUUGCGCAAGAAGCCCCCAAAGGCAUCAGCUUUAAAGACUGAACAAGCUGUAAACGCAGCACGUCGUCAAGGAAUACCAGUAGAUACUCAACAAAAAUAUGGUGCGGGUACAAAUAAACAGCAUGGCACUACUAAAAAUACAGCUAAACUGGAUAGAGAAACCGAGGAAUUGCGACACGAUAAAAUUCCAUUAGAUCUUGGGAAAUUGAUAAUGCAAGGACGACAAUCAAAGGGAAUGAGUCAAAAAGAUCUGGCCACAAAAAUUUGUGAAAAACCACAAAUUGUUAAUGAUUAUGAAGCAGGACGUGGAAUACCAAAUAAUAUUGUUCUUGGCAAAAUUGAGCGGGCAAUUGGCAUAAAACUACGUGGGAAAGAACGUGGCCUACCAGUACAGCCUCCUGGAGUAAAGAAAUAGCGAGUUCUCUGGGAGGUGAAGACCUAAACUCCAAUUACUUUAUUGCAUAAUAUUUCUCCUUUUUGUUUUUGAAAAUUAUAAUGCAUUUAAAGUUCUCAAACUUGUGACUAACUAUGAUGUAAGCAUUUAUUUGUUUGGUUUCUGGAAAUACCUUCUAUUUUUGUUGCCUUUGUAAACUAUUUUAAAAGUAUGAAAUGCAAAAGGAAUAAAUUUUUUGAAUACCUAAUAAAUCAAUAUUUAUGACUAAA